UGCCUGGGUCUCCGGCAGCUAAUAUGGCGGCUCCCCAUGUGUCUUGCGCCGCAGCAGCUUCCUACCGGCUUUUUCUCGGAGGUAGGGUUAGCCUCGCCCGGAGACAAGGCGUCUGGAAAGCAGCGGCUGCUGAGUUGCAGACAGGUGCUAUAUUCCAGAUAUUAAGGCUAAGGCACACCACAGGUGUAACAACAAAGAAAAAUGUUGCAGCCUUAAGACGUGAAACUUACACAGUGGAUUUUAUUAAAAAGCAGAUUGAAGAGUUCAACAUAGGAAAGAGACAUUUAGCCAACAUGAUGGGAGAAGAUCCAGAAACUUUUACACAAGAGGAUAUUGACAGAGCUAUUGCUUACCUUUUUCCAAGUGGUUUGUUUGAGAAGCAAGCCAGGCCAAUAAUGAAGCAUCCUGAACAGAUUUUUCCAAAACAAAGAGCAAUCCAGUGGGGAGAAGAUGGCCGUCCAUUUCAUUUUCUCUUUUAUACUGGCAAACAGUCGUAUUAUUCAUUAAUGCAUGAAGCAUAUGGAAAGCUACUAGAAGCAGAAAAGCAUCAGAACCAGUUGCAAGCCAAAGGUUUAUUUUCAGAAAAAACCAAAGACCUGAUUGGCAGCAGAUGGCUGAUUAAGGAGGAACUAGAAGAAAUGUUAGUGGAAAAACUGUCAGAUCAAGAUUAUGCACAGUUCAUUCGGCUGCUAGAAAGGUUAUUGACACUGCACGGUGGUGCCGAAGAAGAAUUUGUGCAGAGAUUCCGUAGGAGUGUAACUAUUCAAUCAAAAAAACAGCUGAUUGAACCUGUGCAGUAUGAUGAGCAAGGAAUGGCCUUUAGCACCAGCGAAGGUAAAAGAAAGAGUGCAAAAGCGGAAGCAGUUGUUUAUGAGCAUGGAAGUGGAAAAAUAAAAGUAAAUGGAAUCGAUUACCUGCUUUACUUCCCAGUGACACAAGACAGAGAACAGUUGAUGUUCCCCUUCUGCUUCCUUGACCGGCUUGGAGAACACGACGUGACCUGCACAGUCUCGGGGGGUGGGCGGUCGUCCCAGGCUGGAGCCAUACGCCUGGCGGUGGCAAGAGCCUUGUGCAGUUUUGUCACCAAGGAAGAAGUCGAGUGGAUGAGACAAGCUGGACUGCUGACUCCUGAUCCACGCGUCAGAGAACGGAAGAAGCCAGGCCAAGAGGGAGCCCGCAGAAAGUUCACCUGGAAGAAGCGCUAAGUGUUCUUUCACGGGCGAGGAGAGGAAACGCCGUGUAUAUGUGCCUGGCAUGCGGCAGACAUACAAUAAAUAUUUGCUGGCCAGUGUGAGGGCAACACUAUCA